AUGGGACUCUUCAAAAUCUCAAACAACGGUGAUGACACGAACCAUGUAGUCGCUUUCGAAUUGGACACCAUCUUGAGUACUGAGUUCAACGAGACGGACAAUAACCAUGUUGGAAUCGAUAUUAAUAGUUUGAUGUCGGAGAAAAGUUCACAGGCUGGGUGGUGGGACGAGAAGGGACAAUUCAAGAACCUGACUUUGAUCAACCGUAAGCCGAUGCAGGUGUGGAUCGAUUACGACGGUCGUACGCAUAAAAUCGAUGUGACGAUGGCUCCAUUCAACAAAGAUAAACCUAAGAAACCGCUUGUUUCGAUUGUUAGAGAUCUUUCCUCUGUUCUUCUCCAAGAUAUGUUCGUGGGCUUUUCGUCUGCGACAGGUACUCUUAAAUCGGAAAAUUAUAUUCUCGGGUGGAGUUUUGGAUGGAGCGGCGAGGCUCCGCCGUUAGAUUUAUGGAAACUUCCGAAGCUUCCUCGAUUCGAACGCAAGAGAACCUCUGAUUUGUUCAAGAUUGGGAUCCUUUUGAUUUCCCUUUUCUUGAUUUUCUCCUUAAUCUUCCUCGUCUGUUUCAUCGCGAGGAGGAGGAGAAGAAGUUCGAUUAUUUAA